AUGGCAUCGGGAGAAACGAAUGAGACAGAAAAUUUGCAGAGAAAAUCGAAAGAUGUUGGUUGGGAAUUUGGAGUUUUGGUAAAUCCCACCAAUUUGGACAAAGUAAAAUGUAAACUAUGUGGAAAAGAGUUUUCAGGUGGAGUUCAUAGGUUGAAACAACAUGUUGCUAGAAUACAAGGGAAUGUGUCUGGUUGUCCAAAUUCCAAUAUAGAAGAUCAAGAGAAGUGCAAGCUAGCAAUGCAGGAAGCAAAAAACAAAAAAAAACGAGUUCGGAUGAAAGAUUCUGAGAUUCGGAAUUCAGUAAAUAUUGAUGAGAGAAGGCAAAUGGAAGAUGAAGUCAUUGAAGUAGAUGGGAUGGGAGUUAACAAAAUGUCUCGCAUGUUUGGUCCUUUGGAUAGAUUUACUUCAAACAUCAAUCAUGAAUCUCCCCAAGGUCCAAUAUUGACACCACGUCAACAACAUAUCAAGAAUGUUAUUGCGAAAGAGAAACUGCAUGUGGUCCAUCAAUAUAUUGCUAGAUGGGUUUACUCUCAUGGAAUUCCCUUUAAUGCCAUUGCGAAUGGUGAUUUUAAGAGAAUGCUUGAAGCUGUUGGACAAUUCGGACCUGGUGUCACUCCGCCUAGUCAAUAUCAAUUGAAGGAGCCUUUGUUAAAAGAAGAGGUUGGUAGAGUGACUGGUAUAGUGAAAGCACAAGAAGAUGAGUGGAAGCUGAGUGGAUGCUCUGUCAUGACAGAUUCUUGGUCAGAUAGGAAAAGAAGAAGCAUCAUGAAUUUGUGUGUAAACUCCAAAGAAGGUACAAUGUUUCUCUCCUCUAAAGAUUGUUCUGAAGAUGCCCAUACAGGUCAAUAUAUUUUUGAGUAUGUCAAUGAGUGCAUUGAGAAAGUGGGUGAAAAUCAAGUAGUUCAAGUGGUAACUGAUAAUGCCACUAACAACAUGGCUGCUGCUAAGUUAUUAAAGGAGGUGAAGCCAACAAUAAUUUGGACUUCUUGUGCUACUCAUACAAUAAAUCUGAUGGUAGAAGGCAUUGCUAAGCUUCCUUUGUUCAAGGAAACGAUUGACAGGGCUAAGACAUUUACUAUUUUUAUUUAUGCUCAUCAUAAGACUUUAUCUUUGAUGAGGAAGUUUACAAAGAGCAGAGACAUUGUGAGGCCUGGAGUAACUAGAUUCGCAUCAGCCUUCCUUACUUUGCAAAGUUUGCUAGAGAAGAAACAGCAUUUAAAGAUGAUGUUUGCUAGCACCGAAUGGGACACAUGUAAAUGGGCAAAAGAUUCCAAAGGACUUGCAGCAUAUCAUACAACAACAAAUAUGGAAUUUUGGGAUGGUGUGGAAAUGUGUAUCAAAGUCUUUGCACCCUUGGUUAAAGUACUUAGAUUAGCUGAUGGAGAUUUGAAGCCAACAAUGGGAUUUCUACAUGGAGAGUUGGAAGAAGCAAAGAAGGAGAUAUGCAAAGUCUUAGAUAUUGAGAAGAACUACAAACCUAUACUUGAUAUCAUUGGGCAGAAGAGUAAAGGUCGACUUGAUAGUCCUCUUCAUUGGAUGGGAUAUCUCUUGAAUCCUUAUUUUUUUUAUAAGGAUUCAACUAUCCAAUUUGACCGGGAUGUCAUUAGUGCUACUUUCAAGUGUGUUGAUGCGUUUUAUCCAAAUGAUCUUGAUACUCAAACAUUUGUCAUCAACACUGAAGUUGCAAAGUAUACCAAAAAAGAGGGAAAUUUCGGGCAUCCUACAGCCAUGAAAGGAUGUUCCAAAAACGAUGAAAAUUAUGAUCCUGGUUUGCUCUCUAAGAACUUUUGUAUUUAUUUUAUUCAGUUUUUAAUUUUUUUCAAUAGUUGUUUACUAAAUAAAAAUAUAUUUUAGUUCAAUGGUGGAGCUUCUAUGGAGUUGAGGUUCCUAAGCUACAAACAAUGGCAAGGAAGAUUUUGUCUUUGACAACGAGCUCAUCCGGAUGUGAACGUAAUUGGAGUACUUUUGAAGGGGUACACACCAAGAAACGAAACAGACUUGAUACACAACGUUUGAAUAAUCUUGUCUACGUCCAAUUUAACAUGAGGCUGUUGGCCAAACGAAAAAAACAAAAAGAGAAGAAAGUGGACGUACUACUUGCUGAUUGUGCUAUUCAUGCUCAAGAUUGGAUCGUUGAAGAAGAUGAUGUGGAACUAGGAGAUACUUCUGAAACUAUGGGAGACACAUCUAAAGAUGAUGAUUUGGCUAGAGAGCUUGAUGAGUCUGAUUAUGAAGAAGAAGUAGAUUUUGAGUUUGAGUCAGAUGAUGAUCACCCUUUUGAUGGAUAAGAUGAAGAAAGGUGUGACUAGAAGCUUCAUUAAAAUUUAUUUAUUAUUAAA